AUGGAGGUAAUUGCAUGGAAAAAGGAUAAAGAGUCUAGCAAACAACAUAAGAAAUCUGUUGAAGAAAACAUAAGAUCUAUAGCAAGAGGGGGAUACAUGGACAAUAAAAGUAGAAAUCAUGUUGAUGAUGAUGAUGAUGAUGAGGAUGGAUAUGCAUAUCCUUUAGACAUGCACCUUGCGGAGAAAGAAGAUUACCUUGCUGCCAUUAGAGCGUCGAAGCAAGAAGAACAGUUUAGACAAGGAGGAGUUCAUGGAAUGAGAAGCAAACGAUUUGCAGGGGGAGCAAGUGGUAGUAGUCAACCGCAAUAUCGUCGCACUUAA